AUCCUUUGCCAGUCUCCAAUGAAUGAUCUUCACACUGCGUAAUUAUCCUCCCGGCACCCCAUCUCUCCCACUCCACUCGUCUCGUCCGCCUCAAAGUCUGGUUGGUCGAUGCUCCCUCGGAAGCAUCUUAAUCCCCCGCACCAACGAAAAGGUCCAGACUCAGCAAGGGACCCUCCACGCAAUUUCGGGCCCGUACCAUCCCUACCUGCAACAAGACAGAAGGGAUAUAGAUACGAGCCUAUCCCAAGCGCUUCACAGGGCGUGCCCAACUCUCGGCGUUGUGAUGGGCUGACUUGGAAAAAUAAAAAUAAAAAAGAAUUGGCGCCCCUCUCCCGUUCUAUCACUCCUCUUUCUCGAGCCCGUCCCUAUCUCACGAAGAGACCGGGCCAGGCGAGUAAAGAUGGCUCCUGCCUUCUCAAACCUGUCUCCUUAUCUCGACGGAGAGACCAGGUCCAGGCGAGGCGGGCGGAACAGAGGACCGGACGGGAAAGAAAAAGAAAGACACCGGUUGCUUCAGGCUCGCGCGGCUCUGUCCAGCGAAUUCGCAUCGUCCGCGGCCAGCCACACCGGGGUAUCGAUGGUUGUGCCGCAGGUUUGUUUGCCCCCGGCGCGUGGACUCUUCGGACGGAUCAUCGACGCUUCAGGGCUCGGCGGAGCCUUCCAGCGGUUGUUGAAAAAUGUUUCAGAAAGUGUGUCGACUCUCGACUGGUCUUCGGCAGAUGUCCCUGCCGUGAAACAGGAAAGUCGGACAAAAGAAUUAGUUUGCUCAACGCUUCAGAUCAAGGCUUCCCCAAGGGAGAGAUGGCCUUGCCAGCGGAACAAACAAAAGAGGACGGCACUCCUGGCCCUGCUCAAACGUUGCGGCAUGGUUGUUGGGGUCUCAGUAGGGUGAGCUCAGAUCGUGGCUUGGUGAUUGACAGUCAUGGCAGCGGAACGGGGGAGGCCGGGUUGAGAUGGUGACAAGGAAAAAACGCAGCAUCCUUCGGAUGAGUUUGGCUGAGAGGAUUCGGCUACGCGGCGCAUCCUGUAAACGAGAGUAGUAUUGCGCUGAAGAGGAGAAGGAAAGAAAAUGCUGAGACGAAGGACGGACGAAGAUGUCUUUAUACACGAAGACGUCAGUCAGGGUAGACAGAGUGGUGAAGGUGGAGUUGAAG